GAUCAUAGGAUCUGGCUCUCAGGAAUGCCUUUCUUCUCCUUGAGGAACUGGAGCAUCUAGGGAGGUGUCCAACAGGAGAUCUCAGAUACCAUCAGUCCCAUACGAAAUACCAUGACACAUCAAUUCUUUAACAGGUGAUAUGCCUCCAACAUGGCUCCCAAGCAUGAAGAACGGGGGUCUUUACGUUUCCAUCUACCUGCUCACUAUUCUCACUGGCCUUCCCACCAACAUUCUGGCUUUAUGGGCCCUCAUCCGGAAGCUGAAGACCAAGGCCACACCCAACUGUGUCCUCCUUCUCAAUCUCACUAUUUCUGACCUCUGUUUCCUGGCCUUCUUGCCCUUCAAGGUAGUUGAGGCAACUACCGACUACUGGCCACUGCCUAAUGUCCUAUGUCCCCUCAGUGGCCUCCUCUACUUCAGCACUAUCUACUCCAGUACUCUCUUCCUCACGGCAGUGAGCGUGGAGCGCUACCUGGGUGUGGCCUAUCCUAUCCAGUACAAGCUGAGGCGCCACUCGGCCUAUGCGGCAGUGGCCAGCCUAGGCCUCUGGGCCUGCUCUUUUGCCCACUGCAGCAUUGUGUUCAUCACUGAGUUCCAUCAGCCCAACUAUUCUUCACCAAAUGACAGUAACAUCUGUUAUGACAACUUCACAAAGGAACAGCUUGAAGUCCUGCUCCCAGCCCGGCUGGAGCUUGGCAUUGUCCUCUUCCUGGUCCCAUCCGUGAUAACCUCCUUCUGCUACUGUGGCUUUAUGAGGAUUGUGAUCUCUUCACCCCAUAUCCACAGGAACAAAAAGCAACGAGCUGUGGGGUUGGUGGCAGCCACUCUAGCUGUCUUCCUCAUCUGCUUUUCCCCCUACAACAUUUCCCACUUAGUCGGUUUUAUCAUCGGGGAGAGUCCAUGUUGGAGAGAUAAGGCCUUGCUCCUUAGCACCUUCAAUGCAAGCUUGGACCCCAUCAUCUUCUACUUUUCCUCCUCCGCUGUGCAACAUUCAUGUUGGGGCUUCCUGACCAAGGUCAAAAAGCUCCGCACUUUCCCUCCUCUAGUCCGGAAACUCUUCUGCAAAGAGACAGAGAAACUGAGGAGAGUAAGUGCCCAGGAGCCAGAUUGCUGUUCCAAGCUUUGAUCUCCUCUGUUUAUGGAAACCUCCAGAGACUGAAUCCUUUCCUUCUAUAUAGGCAAAAUGGUCAAAAUUUGAUCUGGGAAUUUUCUGA